AUGAAUUUGGUUACAACUGUAAAAAGGAAACUGCAGAAUUUAAGAGAAAAUGGAUGGGAUGAACUACUUGAAGAUGUUUCUGAUUUUUGUUUAAAACACAAUAUUGUUGUUCCUGUUAUGGAAGAUAAUGUGGCAGGCCGUAUACGUGGUAAAAAUGCAAGUACGUAUUACCAUCAUUUUAGAGUUGUAAUAUAUUGUAAAUUAAUUGAUCGUAUUAGUCAAGAGAUGGAUAAUCGUUUUUCAAAAUCAAGUACAGAACUUCUUAUGUGUAUAGCAUGUCUCGAUCCCAAAAAUGGUUUCUCAAAUUUCUGUCUUUCAAGAGUGGUUCGAUUAGUUGAAUUAUAUCCAUUAGAAUUUUCACCAUCCGAUCAGAUGGAGUUUAAAGAGGAAGUGAAGACAUGGGUUUCUCAAAUGAGAACUAAUGAAAGAUUUUCUAAGUUGCACAAUAUUGGGGAGGUUGCAAAGAACAUGGUGGAGGUGGGUUAUCACAUGAGUUUUCCUUUCGUAUAUCUUUUGAUUGAGUUGAUUUUAGUUUUGCUGGUUGCCACUGCUACUGUGGAACGCGCAUUUUCAGUAAUGAAUAUUGUUAAGCCGAAUCUACGCAACAAAAUGGGGGAUGAUUUCCUUACUGAUUGUUUGGUUUGCUAUUUUGAAAAGGAUCUUUUCACGGCUGUUGAUAAUGAAUCAAUUAUUCAGAAUUUUCAGAAUAUGACGACACGGAAGGCUGAUUUAUCGCACUUACGCACUGGAUAG